GGGAUCAAGCCGGCAUGGGGCGGCCGCGGUGAUGGAGGAGAGAAGGCGCCGGAGCCGGUAAUCAACUGGUAUUCUAGCAUGGACACUGUUGCUAGCCAUAGUUGUCAUCUUCUCCAGCAGCUACAUGAACAGCGCAUUCAAGGCCUUCUCUGUGACUGCAUGUUGGUAGUAAAAGGCGUCUGCUUCAAAGCACAUAAAAAUGUAUUAGCUGCUUUCAGUCAGUAUUUCAGGACCCUGUUUCAGAAUUCUCCAGGCCAGAAGAAUGAUGUCUUUCACUUGGACAUUAAAAAUGUAGGUGGCAUAGGCCAGAUCUUGGACUUCAUGUACACGUCACACCUUGAUCUUAGCCAGGACAAUGUACAAGCUAUGUUGGAUAUUGCACAAUGUCUGCAAGUGCAAAAUGUGCUGAACAUUUGCCACACUUUUUUAAAAUCCUCCACAGCUGUAGAGUCUCCUGCCAGCAUGCCUUGCAAUAGUGUGUUCUCCUUGCAAAGUACUUUGGCUACAGAGACUAACUGUGUGAAUGAAAGUUACGGUACUAACUUAGUGCAUGAAUGCUCAUCAGAUGCACAAGCGAGUAAAGUGUUGGAUGACCACCAUUCCCACGGAUCACAAUCUAUUAAUCUUCAUACUUCCUCCGGUGAUGUACAGAAACAGACACAAGACUCCUUAGAUGGUAAUUGCACAGAGCUCCCAUUUAAACAGCCAAAUUACUAUUAUAAACUGCGCAACUUUUAUAGCAAGCAGUUCUACAAGCAGAAUGCAUGUUCCAACCAUGAGAGAAUAACAGAACAGUCCUUUGCUUUCAAUACAUCUACUGAACUAAGUACGGUAGAGAGCAAUUCUUGUACUGUCAAUCAAUCUGAAUGUAUUUUGGAAUCCUCUGACCACUUACCCUCCAACUUUCUGGUUCAAUCCUUGAAUGAUUCUGCUCCAGACCAAGAUUUGGAAAGCACAUCCUUGCAGCCUACCAAACAGAUGCGGUUGAAAAAGGCAAUACACCUUAAAAAACUGAAUUUUCUAAGAUCACAGAAGUCUGCAGAACAAUUGUCUGAACCUAAGAGAGAUGUCAAAAGUAUAACAAGGGUAAUUGAAUCUGUAAAUGAAAGUACCAUGGAGAUGAUAAAUAUUAAUGCUGUUGAAGGAAAAGAAACUGAAGAUCUUGUGAGUUCAGAGAGUUUUGAACAAACUAUUGAAAUGGAAAGAUCUCAAGGUCCUUCAGAACAAGAUGAGCAAUCACAGAUUCUUCAGUCACAGAGGCAAUAUACUUGUGAAUUAUGUGGAAAGGCUUUUAAACAUCCAAGCAAUUUGGAGCUCCAUAAAAGGUCUCAUACAGGUGAGAAACCUUUUGAAUGUAACAUUUGUGGGAAACACUUCUCACAGGCAGGUAACCUACAGACUCAUUUACGUCGGCACUCUGGUGAAAAACCAUAUAUUUGUGAAAUCUGUGGGAAAAGGUUUGCUGCUUCUGGUGAUGUACAGCGUCACAUUAUUAUUCACUCUGGAGAAAAACCUCAUUUGUGUGAUAUCUGUGGCAGAGGGUUUAGUAACUUUAGUAACUUAAAGGAACACAAAAAGACCCAUACAGCAGAUAAAGUAUUCACCUGCGAUGAGUGUGGAAAGUCAUUUAACAUGCAACGGAAGUUAGUAAAGCACAGAAUUAGGCACACAGGAGAAAGACCAUACAGCUGUUCAGCAUGUGGAAAAUGUUUUGCAGGGUCUGGUGACCUACGCAGACAUGUGCGGACUCAUACAGGAGAAAAACCCUAUACCUGCGAGACCUGUAACAAAUGCUUCACUCGUUCUGCUGUUCUGCGGCGGCACAAGAAAAUGCACUGUAAGUCCAGUGAUGAGGGACCAAAUACACUAGAGGAAUUUACUCAGGCAAUUGAAACUUCUGAUCUUGAGAAAUCUCAGGGUUCCGACUCGUUUGCCCAAGAAAUGUCUGUUACUUUGUUACCAGUAUCCGUUAAAUUUCCUGUUCGUCCAGCUGGAAAUUCAGCUAAUGAAUUUGAUAGUUCUGCAGGAUCUUAUUGCAAGUUGCGGUCAAUGAUUCAACACCAUGAGUCUACAAUCCAACAGAAAUUGAGUCUGGAUCCCGCUGAACUCCCAAAACCUCAGACACAACAAACUCCUCAGCCACCUUUCACUUACACAGAGGUAGAUGUAUCACCUGCAGAAGAACCCCUACAAUCUGAUAAUAUUUCUAUGAUUCGUUCAUCAAUGACAACCUUGGAUGGUCAUUGUGGUGACCCCCUGGGCAAUCGUGCAUCUUCUGCUGCAUAUAGGAGUAAUGAAGGACCAUUCUUUUCCAGUAUGACCCUGUGGGGCUUAGCUAUGAAGACCUUGCAGAAUGAAAGCGAGUUGGAUCAAUGA